CCAGGUCGGAGGAGUCUUGGGUCCCCCACGGAGCAGCAAGGUAAAGCCACUCCGCAAGAAUUCUCUAACGGGCGACGACGGGCAGGAGUUCCUGAUCGACAACCGCUUCUUGUACUAUCUCUUCACUUUCGGAACCGAGCUGGGAAACGAGACUUUCUACAUCACUUUCUUCCCAUUCAUAACGUGGAACGUGGACGCCUUCAUCAGCAGGCGACUGAUCAUGGUGUGGGUCUGGGUCAUGUACCUGGGACAGUGUACCAAGGAUGUGCUCGGCUGGUCCCGACCGGCCUCACCGCCUGUGGUCAAAGUGGAGGUGUUUUAUAACUCCGAAUACAGCAUGCCGUCCACGCACGCCAUGUCCGGCACAGCCAUCCCCUUCGCCCUGUACUUCAUGACCUACGGCCGCUGGGAGUACCCGUCCACACUGGGCUUUAUCUUGGCUCUCUGCUGGUGUCUGCUGGUUUGUUCCAGCCGAAUCUACAUGGGAAUGCAUUCAGUGCUGGACGUCAUCGCCGGGUUUCUGUACAGCAUCCUCAUCCUGUGCUUCUUCCUGCCGAUCCUGGACCUGAUCGAUGGCUUCAACUUGACCUGCCGCUACGCUCCAAUCAUCAUCAUCUCCCUCCACCUGGGCCUGGGCCUCUUCUCCUUCACCCUGGACACCUGGAGCACCUCUCGCGGUGACACCGCUCAGAUCCUGGGCACUGGUGCCGGCAUUGCCUUGGCUUCCCAUGUCAACUAUCACCUGGGCCUGAUGCCCGACUUGACACCAGACCAGCUUCCCCUCAGUAUGCCCGCACUUAGCCCCAGCCUGGUGGCUGUUGUAAUGCUGCGGCUCGUUGUGGGAGUGCUGGUGCUGUUGGCCACGCGGGCAGUGAUGAAGGCCAUCACCAUCCCGCUGGUGUGCAGAGUGUUCAGAGUGCCCACCGAUGACCUGAGGAAGGCCCGGCAGCACAUGGAGGUGGAGCUGCCUUACCGCUACAUUGUCUACGGGACAGUGGGCUUCAACGUGGUCUUCCUGGUCCCGCUGCUCUUCAGCUACAUGCAGCUCUCCUGAUUGGAUGUUACUUGAGUGCGUGGUCAGUCAAAGUGAAGUAAAAACCUAAAUGCUGUCAUCAGAUCAGUUUUGCUGCUUGUUUUCAUCCACAGCCUAAUCCCUAGCUGGAGGUUGCUGGGUUUGGGACUGAUGAAGGUACAUUAAAGCCUAAUUGCUGAUCUGGAUGCAGUUUUUCAUCAGAUUUUUUGUUUUUGUUGUCUCAGGUUACUUUUAAAGACGGGUGAAUCCUGAGCAACGGAAAAUCUGGUAAAAUGAGCUUAGACAGUUCAUGAGCAAUAUCUCUUUGUUCUUUAGAUUUAUUUAAGAGUAAAAUCCAGUCAGAUGAUGCUUUGACACUCUCAGAGCUGGAAAGUCACUCCUCAAAUUCAAAAAAGCAUUUCAACAGUGGCUUCUAGAAGACUAAAAAUGCAAGUCAUGACCACUAAUAGAUGAUGUGCGUUAGUAUUUGCAUUGUUAUGACGGAUGUUAUUAUUAAGAGCUCAGGCAAAGAACCAUAGAAGUAUUUUUUUAGCAAAACUUAAAUUAUUCCAACAACUCAAGUGAAUGAUAAAUCGCCUUACAGAAAAUGUUGAAAAUAAAAAGACUUAGUAAGUCUCACUAACAGUCUGAAAGCCAAAGAUAUCCAGGCACAUGAUGAAUAAAUACAUAAAUAAAAUAGAAAGCCUUCUUUUAGUCGGAUGUCCUGACUAAAUACUAGGUUUAACUAAUUUAAAGAAUGUUGUAGUUUAAGCUCAGUGUCACUGUUGAAACUUAGUGUGGUUCUUUGUCUGGUAGCCUCUUAAUGUUUCUGUUUGAUUAUACUCUCCUUUGUCUCAAUUCUUAAAGCAAUAAGAGACCUUUCAUUUUAUGAUUCCUGUGUUCCUGUACUGGAUCGGAGGUCGUCCUGAUGCAGAACAUUUAGUCUUUAACCUCUGAACCCCCUGCUUGCGGAGAGGAAACCAGUUUGAUUUAAAUUUUUGAUUUGUUGUUACGUGUCUGAUGUCUGAGAAUUCAGCCACAUUGUUUUUUCAGGAGGUUAGAUUGUGUUUUCUUAAAGGGCUUUCCCCACUAUUUGUGUUCUGAGCUUGACUGCUAUUCCUGCAACCUGAUGGGAGAAAAAACAAAUACUAGGCACAUACUGUACGAUGCAUCGCUUUGUUUGGGAAGUGUACAGAGAGGGUUUUAAUGGUUUUAUUUUGUUCUCUAAAAAUGACUGGAGUCUGUGCACUUGGCUCAGCCUUUUUUUUUUUUUUUUUUUAAACACUGUAAACUUGCUUCCUAUUAGAAAUGUCAGCUCACAUCCACUUCCUGUUCUGAGCUGAGGUUCUUUUGCUGGUGUCAGGUGGGAGGAGGUGGUGGAGAUAAACCAUCCAGAGGGAAGACAGAAUGAAAGUUUUCUCAUGUUUCUAAAAUUGAAACUCCAUCGACAGCUUUUUGGCGCACAACAGGCGCAUUGUAAAAGAAAGUAUUUGACUGCCAGUGCAACAUUAUUCAUUGUUUUAUCAUGCAUGAAUUUGAUACUUGCUUCUAUAAAUGUAGAAACAUUUUGUCUUCAAAAUACAAAACUGCUUCGGAAAAGCGGCGUGAACGUGAACUUUUUUAAGUGCCUUUGACAAAAGUUAUUAAAUGCAUUGUUGCACUGACAAGUCAAAUGCACUGCAACAUAAGGAAACGCCAGCAAAUAGAAAAACAAUCCAGAAAGCACACAAAACACAACAGAAGUUGAACAAAAUGCAAUGGAAGUAAACAAAGAAAAUCAAACAAAUCACAAAAGAUAUGCUUCUGGAGAGGCGAUAACAUGACGGAACAGCUACACAUGUGACAGUAACCAAAACUGUGGAGGUGGAGAAGAAGAUGCAAAAAACAGUAUUACUGAUUCUGUAAUACUGUGCAUAUAUGUUUGCUAUCAGCUGUUUACCAUCAGGUUAUCACCUCCAUCCGUCACGUUAUUGUCUCCCUGAAGGCACCUCUGUGUGUUUUACAAGGGUUUUUGAGCUUUUGCUGAGUGUUUUUUUUUCUAUUUCCAUUGUGAAAGAACUACUUGAUUCAAAUUUAGCUUGAUAUUAAAUCAGAGCAGAAGCUAUUAUCGUAACACUCUGGUGAUGUUAAACUUGUUAAAAAGCACAGGUCUCUCUCUUUUAUAGUAACAUUUGCAAUAAAAAAAAAAAAAGCUUCCACACGGACUCUUACCCGAACUUUGUCUCAUCCACACCACAACUCCUGAUUAACUGGUUAAUUAGUUGAUUAACCAAGCUUCCUUCGACCACUCUAACCUGAACCUGAAUAUAAGGAGCCCAGAUGCCUGCUUCCUGUUUCUAAGCUGUGUGUGCCUUGCUUAAAGGCACUUUUAAAAAAAGGUUUUUCUCCCAGCAGGAUGCUGCCGUUGACAAAACAUUUCUGUAGUCUUAAAUUCUUUUUCUUUUUUUUGCCAAGCUGAUUUAUUUGUUAUUUUUGUGUACGGUACUCUCCUAAAAUAAAUGCACUGUUCCCAGAAUGCACUGUUCCCCCUCCGAGCCAGGUAAAAAACAAAAAAGGUGGAGCUGGUCCUAAAUGCAGUCUGAUCAGUAGUUCCCUUUGAUUUGUCGUCUUGCAGUUGGUUGGCAAACACUAUGACUAGUGACCGUUUUAGUGAAUAGAUGCUGUUUACUUACAUUAGCACCUGUUAGCUAAUGCAAGUAAGAUUCAGUCAUUUGCAGACAUCUGUGCAGUAGCAGAGAAAUUUUCCAGUAUAGCAGCUUGAACCAGCAAACAUCUGGAGUCUUUCCGUCAUAAGUGACCUUAACUGUCCCUGGAUACCACAAUUUUCUGUGGUACAUUUGAGGAAUUCGAUUUUAUUGUUUUUCUGUACUCGACUACUUCUGUCUGAAAUGAUAAUCCAAUGAUGUGAUGAGAGCUCCUCGUACUUCACUGCUGAUUGCAUUUGUUUAAUUCUGAAGGAUGUUCACAUAUAGUUUAGUAUUUUAACUUAAUCCAGCUGCAGAUUUGCCUCUAAUUAACCGACUCAUCAAAACCAAACGGACCAGCUUACCCUCUGCAUUUGUCAGCCGCCUGGCUCGUUUCACUUCCUGUGGCCUUGCCUCGUGCACAAAUAUGUUUGUGUUUGUCGGAGCGUUUGUAUAUUUCUUGACUUUUUGUGCGUGUGUUUGGGCAUGCGGUUUUGUCUCUGUUCCACAGAAAAGAGAAGUUAAUUCCUGUUUCAGUGACAAAACCAAAAUCCUGUGGCCGAGCUGAGUUUGUGUGAGUGACGGACAGAAGCUCAAACUGCAAGAAGUCGAUGACAAAGCAACAUUUGUCAUCCUUGAUAUUUAAGGACAUUUCCCCUGCACAUCGAUAAAGGAGAUGAAGCUGAACUUCCUGACACGUCUCGCUGUGA